GUAGCAUUUAGGUUGAAGGCCACCACCGUCACCGCCGCAAGCAGCACAACCUCCCUCAUCAGUUACUUCCUCGUAAGGAGAACAAUCCCCCGAUUCAGUCUCAAUAGCAGACACCGACGUCGAGUAGCAUUUACGUUGACGGCCACCACCGCCACCGCCCCAAGCAGCACAACCUCCCUCAUUUCUUCUCCCAGUGGAGUACGAAGGCUUUCGCGAGCCCUUCCCUUCGCAGAAGGGCAGUGGAUUCUGCCCUGGGAUGCCGAGGACGAUGCUUCUUGGAGCAGAGAGGAGGAAGGAGGAGAAAGGGCUCGACUUCGAGCCCUCGGAUGACGACAACAGACGUGCCGGCAUGGCCGAGAGCUGCAAGAAUGUCGAGAGCUCUAUCUCCACGGAGGAAGAGUACGCAGUGGAGGUGCCAAAGUUUGGGGCUCAAGACAAGGAUGGUUCCUGUAGGGAGAGCCUCGAGCUCCAGAAGUCGGAACGAGCGCCGCCGCAACGGCUGGCGUCGGCAAUGGUGGUUCCUUUCUCGAGGCCGGCACCGUCGAAGUGGGAUGAUGCGCAGAAGUGGAUCACAGGUCCGGCGUCGAACAGAGUCGGGAGCAAGGCUGGUGGUGGGACAAUGAAGAAGAGCAGGUUGGCCGGCAACGGAGGCGGUCGUGGGACGACGGCGAAGGUUAUCUUGGAAGUUGGGAGGCAAGCUAAGAAGGAAAUUGGUGGAGUUAAGGGUGGGAAUUGGGCGGCAGAGCUUUAUGCUAUGGUGGAUUCAGGGAUGAAACCUGCCACAACCAUGGAGAAUCCAGCUACUGAGAUAGCUGUCAGUCUUAGUCAGCAUGAUCCAUUGGUGUCUGUCAAGAAAGUUGCAGCAUUUAUCGCUCCUACAUUACCAAUUAGGUCUGCGUCCAUGAGGGAUAUGGGUACAGAAAUGUUUCCUAUUCCAAGCCAGGAGCCAUUGCAGACAGGAAGUCCUGCAAGAGAAACUUCACCCCCAACUUCUUCUCGACCAUCAACUUCAGGAAAAACAGUUCCAGCAUCAACUGGCCAACUCCAAACUGCACCAGCUGCUUGCCGUGAUGAUCUAAACAAAACACAGUCAGAAGAGGAAAUAUUAAAAAAAGCUUGCAGAGAAAUAAUGAUUCUUGGCCGGCAAUUGGAUAAUGAAAACAUUGCAGCAUGUGCUAGCAAAGAGGAGGAAACUGAUGCAUCUAUUUCUCUCAAGGCUAUACCACAGAAUCAGUCCAUGAGAAGUGUUAUUGAAGCCCGUGCGGCAGCUUGGGAGGAGGCUGAACAAGCCAAGUAUCUUGCUAGGUUUAAACGAGAAGAGAUCAAAAUCUAUGCCUGGAAAAAUCAUCAAAAAGCAAAGAUUGAGGCAGAAAUGAAGAAAAUUGAGGUUGAGGUGGAGAGAACAAGAGCUCAUGCACUUGAGAGGCUGAUGAACAAAGUUGCAGCAGCAAGCCACAAAGCUGAGAAAAUGCGUGCCGCAGCACAAGCCCAAAGAAAUUACCAAGCUGCAACAACUGGGAAGCAAGCAGAGUACAUUAGACGAACUGGUCGAAUUCCCUCAUUUUUCUACUGGAGUUGCUGCUUUAAGCCAUCAUCUUUACUGAAAUAUGAUGUAUUCUGAUGUUAUGUUCUACAGUAGAAGGUCGACCAAAAAUUGUUCUUCGAAGUUUCUUAUGCUGAUCUUAUCAUAAACCACAUGUUCUCUUAUUUAGGAUGAGCCUUGGAUUUUGCUUUUCAUUUUUUUCUU